AUGGGACUCGCCGCGCGAGCCACCGCGGCUCCGGAGCCAUACGUCGUACCCCCUUCGAAACAAUUCGACGGCAAUGAUGGGAGCUGGAGUACCUUCAAAAUCAGCGUGGGCACACCCGGCCAGGACUUUCGCGUUCUGCCAUCCACAAAGGGCGGCGUCACCUAUUUAGUCACACCAGAUGGAUGUAUAGCAGGAGUCGACCCUGCCAAUUGCCCAAAUCUACGCGGGGCCGAAGUCUUCAAAAGCACUCAGAACAGCGGGUACCAAGUCAACGCUUCAUCGUCGUGGUCAUCAAUUGGGCUGUACGAUGUGGAUCUAGAGGAUGCGCUCAAUUACACUGCAGGGGGUCUCUUUGGAUUUGACAAGGUGUCGCUAGGACCAGCAGCCGACACGGCGUCGUUGUCGCUGGACCGUCAGGUUGUUGCUGGAGUUCCCGACCCAGCCUACUUCAUGGGCAUCCUUCCUCUAGGACAGGCCGAAUCCAGCUUCUCGAGUCUUAGCCAGCCCAUCGACUCUCUUCUCUACCAGCUGCGCAAUGCCACCAAGAUCCCCAGCCUGUCCUAUGCAUACACAGCUGGCGCAAAGUAUCGCUUGAAGUCAGUCUUGGGCAGUCUAAUUCUAGGCGGAUACGACCAAACUCGGUUCAAAGCAGACAAUAGCGGCUUUUCUUUUACGUUCUCUACGGAUUCGUCAAAGCUGCUCACCGUGGGUGUCGAGUCUAUCAUGGCGACCAACACGCUGCAAGGAACCGUGUCCAUGACAUCAGGUGCUCACUUUUCUGUCAUCGACUCCACCGUGCCGCACCUGUGGUUACCGAAGGAUGCAUGCGCCCAGUUUGAAACAGCCUUUGGGCUUACCUACGACUCUCAAACCGACCUUUACCGCGUCAACGAUACUAUCCACCGCGAGCUUCUUUCGAAAAACCCCAUGAUAACAAUAAAACUCGUCAAUUCACUACAAGACACGUCGACCAAGUACACAAAUAUACAACUACCGUAUGCCGCAUUUGAUCUCCAAGCUUCAUACCCGUUCUACACAAACGCAACCAACUACUUUCCGAUCCGCCGCGCUGCGAACGAUUCACAAUACGUUUUGGGGCGGACAUUACUGCAAGAGGCCUACCUGAUAGUAGACUAUGAGCGCGCAAAUUUCACUGUAGCGCAAGCCGUCUUUCCCGACCCUCUCCCAGCCGCCAAGGUCAUCACCAUCACAUCAUCCAACUCCAAGUCGAACAACAGCAAAUCUUCGGGCAUCGGCACAGGCGCAAUAGUUGGUAUUGCAGUCGGCGCGGCUGUGCUCCUUAUCCUAGGCAUCAUCGCUUUCCUUUUCUACCGAAGACGUCGAACUCAAAAGAAGCAACCAUACGAGCUAGCCGGCAACCAAGUCUUGGAAUCUGGCUCACGACAAAACCUCGCUGCUGGCGGUGUACCUCUCAAGUCACCGGCUCCACAAGAGCUCAGCGGCACGCCGUUGACGGAGCUCGAUUCUCCACAUGUCGAGCAGCACAAUGCAUACCCACAGGACGUGAAACUGCCCGUUAGUAUCAACGACACACCACAAGAGCUACAUGCCGAGUCAAUGACACCAGUCACGCCACGAUGGCAGGAGGUUACUCUCCCACUACCACUACGAACUCAGCAUGAGAUGGAUGGUGCAAGUAGUGGGAGUCGGACUGUGAGCCACGUGCCGAGUGACGAUGGGUACGCGACUGGAGAACUUGGCCCACGGUCUGGGGUUUCGCCUUUGACACCGCAAUUCCACCAACAUCACUGA